UAGCAUUGUAAAAUUCGCUCAUAUCAGUAUUGGUCAUUCUCUCUAAUUCUCAGAAACUAUUAUCAAACAAUGUAAAUAAAUUAUUAUAGCUAUUAGUUAUGACACAUAUAUAUGCAAUGCAAUGCAACAAAAGAAAGCAAAAGAAGCAGAAGAGAAUAAAUUAAAGGGAACUGUACAUCUUACAAAGCUAGAGAAAUGCCAAAUAAACGCCAGACGGAAGAAACUUUUCAAUAACGAAAGAACUGCAAAAGCCCAUCACUCUCUUAUCCUUCUCCUUUCUCCCAAUCUGUUCUUUCUUCCCACAUAAAUAUCCUUAAACACCAAGAACAAAUAAUUCCUCCUAAAAGAAAGCUAGCUAGGGAAGACAUCAUUCUUGAAAGUAUAAUAACCUAUAGGUAUAUGCUGGGUCCAGAGAGAAAGAAAGGGCAAAGCAAUGUUAUUUCGAUUAAUAUGACAUUAGUACGAGCAGUUGUGAUAUUAUCAUUUAGUGUAAUUUACUGAUAACUUUGUGUCGACGACCCCACAAACUUCACGAGCCAAUAGCGCUAACCUAUGUUGACGUCUGACCCGUUCGAAAGGAUAAUGAAAAUAAAGGCAAAGAGAUGAGUUUGGCAAGGUAUGUAAUUGACCACCCGGUGUAAGUUCACGAAACAAGGGAAGUUUCAGCUUAAACCACAGUGAAUAAAAAAAAAACCAUUCGAGUCGGGAGAGCAAGAUGAGGUUGGCAGCGUAAUUGCAGACGUGGUGAUUGUUACACAAAAGAAUCGGAGUUGUUGCUUUUUUGGCAGAAUAACAAGACACCUUACAUUGUUCACCAAUAGGAAUGCGAGAUGUGAUCAACUAGUUUGAAUAUAACGAGUAAUCAAUCGCAGAGCGACAAUCAACGUAAAUAUCAUCCUACUCAUAAUUCGUGUAAAUACUAAAUAGUUCCUUGAUAAAAAAAAAUAGUGUGGAAUACUAAGCACUAAAUAGUACCUUGCUCAAACUCUAGGGCAAAUUAACAAAAGAAGAAAUCGUAUGACAAAGAUCAAAGUAGCGAUGACCCUUUUCUUUUUCUCCCUCUUUUUCUGUUUGUUUGGUAUUAGGGUUUGCUUUGAAUCUCAUGCCCCUUCUUUCUUUUCAGUCUAAAUUCAGACAAAGAUAUAGACUACAAAUAAGGUGGGAGCCAAAGAGGGAAUGUUCCCUACGGCUUUUUCCCCCCCUUUGCUUUAGUGUUUUUUUGGAGCUUCAUUGUUUUGGGUUUGUAUAUGGUUGGUCAUAAUAAAGUAUCUUUGUAAAGAAACCUAAUUAGAAUUUGAUGAAGGAAGAUUCGAUUUCACUAGGUGAUAUAUGAACCAUAAAACCAAAAGGCAAAAGCACUUUGUCUAUUUUCCCCUGUCUAUGUUUUUUAUUUAUUAUAAACUUAUACUGAAAUAAGUCUGUUUUAUGAGGCAUAUAGGCAUUUCAAUGUAAUUGAUGCAAAAAAAAAAAACCCUUCAUUUUAGUUUAAUUUGGACUGUUAUAAAGAAAGCGUUACAUACAGAGAUGAAUGCAUUAGUCGAGAAGUAUGUUCGUGUUGGAAUUUUUUUUUUCCUAUUGCAAUUAGAGAAGUUGAAAUUUCUAUACAUUAUCAUAAACCCACUAAAGAAGGACAUUGUGGAAGUUUAGGAUAUUUGAAUAAAAAAUACAAUUAAUUCAGCUGAUGAGUUUUUUUUUUUUUUCUGCAGAUGUUGAGUUGUCAAAAUUCUAGCAAUAAUUUUUGUAAUAGGGUUUCUUCCUUAUGUUUUUUAUAUUUUUGUUUGAUUUUUUCAAAAUUUUAUGGUGGCAACAACUCACUAGCUCCCUCAUUAAUUAUGACACCAAACAAUAUCACCAUUCACUAUUGUAUUGCACCUAUGACCACAAGAUUUAGUGAAACAAAAAUAAAAUCUGUUAAAAAAAAAUCUUUAACGAAUAAAAAGCUAAGCAAUCUAUGACCAGUCUUAUUAUGAUGAGUAAUUAUGACCCAUUAAUAAAAAUGGACCAUUUUCUUUGUUUGAAGUCAGUAUUUUGGGCAUAAGACUCAGGUUAGUGCAAAUACCACUAAAGAAAUGGAAGCUCCUAAAAGGGUAAUAUACUAAUAUUGGACCAAUCUCUCUAGGGAUGAUGCUAACCUUAAAAUGGCAUAUAAUAAUUACACAUUUGCAUGUUGUUGUGUGGCAUGAUGAUGCUGAUCAUGAACAAUAAAUAUAGAUUUGGGUGUAAACAAAGUGAUAAAAUGGUUUGGCAAAAUGGGGCAUGGUUCUCAUCUUUUACGAAAGCUGCACAUAUUUAGCUUUGAAAUGUUUCUUAAGACACAACACCAUAUAUUAGCUAGGUACAAUAAUGCAAGAAUAUAUCUUUAUGUAUGUCUUUGCAUCUAGCUAGCUAGCUAGUUGAUGCAGGCUUUGUAAUUGUGAGGAGUAUUUUGUCUCUAAAACUCUUUGUUUGGUUGUUCAUAAGAAAAUUAAAGCAAUUCCGGAAGCGAUUUUCAAAUCCCUGAUUAGAAGGUCAACAAGGAAAUGUGACAUUUGGUUCUAAAUAUUGCGCCUUUUUAUUCAGUUAAACCCUGAUAUUUGGUGCCAAAUAUCAUAUCUAAAUGACCAUAUUUGCUUGAAAGGCAAGAAAAGUUUCCAUCGGGGACCUCAAUAAACCAUAUAUCAUGAUUCUCUUUACCUCUUUCAUGAAGCUUUUGAAUUCUUCUGAACGAUUCAUAUACUCAAAUUCGACGGAUGACAUGGCCAUAUAAUUAACUAAACCGUACCCAUUGAUGACUAUUAAAAGGUUUCAUUGAUUUAUAAGCACAUCCAUUGAUAUGCAUGCAUUUGCUCUAUUUAAUAAAUUAUUUUGGUAAUUCAUCUUGACUAGUGAAAACACUCUCUGCUUUACUCAAUCUUUUUACCCGAUAGAUAUAAGUAUUGUUCGAAUAUCUCGUACUUCUGUCUCCCUAUCAAAACUUGAUGCGGCGUGAUUUAUAGUUACACCGUAAUCAAGAGAAUAACAGCAUUCACGAGUUGCAUGCAUAAGUACUAGAUGUCAUGCGCCCUAAGAAAAUACUUACUAUGCAUGACUGCUUAAUCUCAUUAGUAACAAAAUCAAUUCAAUUCUGUCAUAUGACCUUCUUACUAAAUAAAUUUUUAGUACAGGGAGACAUUUGUAAAUAGGAAUUAUCAUGAUGGUUUCAUACUGUUCAAGUAAGGCAUCAUCACAGGCACAAAUAUUCUAGCAUGAGCUACGUGAAGCUCUUAAAUUCAGAUUUUUAAAUGCACAAAAAAAAAAUUCACAGAAAGAGAAACCAAAGAGAAUGAGAAUUUAAUUUCAAGGAAUUCAUGAAAUUUGAAGGACACAUAAUAAACUGGCCAGAUCAAAGAAAAGAUUGUUUAUAUUAUCGAGAGGAACUUUGAUUUUCAAUUUAAGAUAGUUUGUAAUUUGGCCAGAUCUCAAAGAAAAGAUUAGUUUGUAAUUCAUAUAGCGGAUUAUCGUUUCGAUGAUCAAUUAUCAUAUCAGCUAGCAAAAUAAAUUACUUGUCAUUUGUAUCAGAGAUGUCGACGCGAAAUUAAUUGUUGAUGAUUGGACUAGGACGAUUUCAGUUAGUAAUAUAACGUCUUGUUAAUCAGUAGUGACGUUCUGAGAAUGUAGUAGCUUGGUUAGUAGUACUAAAUAUGCACAUUGGCCUUUAUUACGGUGGGGGGUUUCGUUAGUAAUGAUUGGCGCUCUGUUGUAGUGAUUUUGUUUCCUUCUAUAAAAAAUGAAAUAUGCACUUCGUAAUAGUUCAACAUAGUUGUAGUACGACCAGUGUUGAAUGACUAUAUCAUUAUUCAUAAUAUCAUUUGAUUAGCAGUCAUUAUAACGGAUCACUUUAAUCCCGAACUUGAUUCAAUCCGGUUAAGAUAAACUCCUAUAUAGAAUCUUAAAACUACCAUAAUAAAACUUGAACAUGUAUGCUCAUAAAAGUAAUCAACACUUUCCUAAGAAAUCCAGCAACCCUUCAGCACCUCAUGAGUAUCAAACCAAAGAACUCUUUGAUUGAUCAUUUGACUAGCUAAGACAGCAUGAUUGAUAUACAAAUUUUUCAUUCUCAUGGUGUUUUGAUUUGGAGAAAGCAAGCUAGGUAUAGCUGUUCAUCAUGAUUCUGAUUUCUGAUCAGUGAGGGAGUAGUUUUGUUGAAUUGUACACUGGAAACGAGAGAGAGAGAGAGAGAGAGAGAGAGAGAGAGAGAGAGAGAGAGAGAGAGAAGGUAACUUAGCCCAGCAGGCUUAGCUAUCUGACACAUUUACACAGUAGCAGAUGGCCUUAAUAAAUACCUUGCUGCCUGAUAGUGCAAGCAAAGCAAUGCCAAAUUCCAACCAACAAACCAAACCCAAAACCCAACCAGUUCAAAUGACUCAGACCCAACCCAACCCUGUUUUAAGCAACCCUUCAGCAGCUCUUCUCUUUCUCCUUCUGCAGCUUUUGAGCUGAUCAUCUUCUUCCCCACAGCCAAAGAGAAGACAAUAUAUACCAGAGGCAGAGAAGGACUGUAUCGUCAUUUCACCCAGAUCAAAGAGGAUGGAAGAAGCAUCGAGCAAUGAAGAUCAUGAGGACAUCCCUGUCCCCAUAAACACCUCUUACGGUGGACCUCACGCCCACUUGAUCCACACCCACCACCACCGUCACAAUUAUGACCCUCUUGGUCUUAAUCCACCCGCCGUGGAAUUCCCGCCGCCGCCAGCCGCCAUGAACAACAACACCACCACCGCACUAGCCACACUCGUCGACGACCAGAAGACGAGAAGCAGAAGCAGCAGCAACGUGAGGUACAGAGAGUGCCUCAAGAACCACGCAGCCUCCAUCGGCGGGACGGCCACCGACGGCUGCGGCGAGUUCAUGCCUAGCGGCGAACAAGGAACCAUCGAAGCCCUCACUUGCUCCGCCUGCACCUGCCACCGCAACUUCCACCGCAAACAACAACUCCUCCUCCCCUUCCACCACCGCCGCCACAUGAUCACGUCGUUCAACAUGCCAGGAGGAUCGUUGUCCGAGUCCGACGAUCACGAUGGACUGCUAGAAGUCGAUGAUGACGACGGUGGCGCUGUUUAUAAACUAACUUCUCCGUCGUCACUGAAGAUGGUGGCGGUUACCAUGGCUGGUUCUGCCGCAGCCACCAGCCACCGCCGGCCCUACGGAAACGGAAACGGCGGCGAGGGGGUGGCGGCGGGGAAGAAGCGGUACAGGACGAGGUUCAGCGUGGAGCAGAAGGAGAAGAUGCUGGAGUUCGCGGAGGGCGUCGGGUGGAAGAUCCAGAACCAGGACGACGACGUGGUGCAGCGGUUCUGCCAGGAGAUCGGCGUCAAGCGGCGGGUUCUCAAGGUGUGGAUGCACAACAACAAGCAUGCUAAUUCCUCCAACCAGCACGGCGGCGUCGUUACGGCUGCCGCCGCUGCUACUUUUACCACGUCUGUUGCUCAUCCUUCUGCCACUACCACUUGAUUAUUAAUUAUUAUUAGUUAGUAUUAUCACCGAGUUAACAUUACAAACCUGAAUGAGGUUGUUAUGGUUGAGUACGUACGGGUUAAUUAAUUAGUAGGUAAUUAUAGUAUUCUAAUGAUGGUGGUUAUAGUUAUGGUCACCUUUAUGCAUGUGGAUUUGGAGUAAUAAAUAAUAAUUACUACUUAUUGUUACUGUUAUGUUACUGAUGAGUUAUUAAAGUGAAGCUUCAAGUACUGAUCAUGAGUGGUAUAAAUACAAGUGUGUAUUAACGUAAAAAUAUAGAAAAUUAUUUAUAGAUAUGUCCAAUGAAAGAAUAUUACCUUU